AUGAUGAAUUUAUUCUAUAGUUCAAAUGAUUUUUUCUCCAAACUCAUGCUCAAAAAAAUCUGAGAUUUGUAUUUAUUAUUUGGUAGAAUUAAAGAAAAUGAUUCAAAACUGAUAGAAGAAAUAACUAAAAAUAUUGAAAAACUAGAAAAACAAAUAGAAGAUCUGAAAAAAGAAGGUAGCUAUAAUUCCUACAGCACCACAAGAGAACUUUAUCCUAAAUUAGCAGAAUUGAAAAAGAAAAGAUUUACAUUACUUGGAAAAAAGAAUAAAUGCAAAAAAGAUAUUAUUAAAAAUUCCGAUGUCAUAUUUUGCACUUUAAGUGGAGCUGGCUCUUUUCCAGUUUUGCAAAAUGUUAAAUCAAUUGACUAUCUAAUUAUAGAUGAAGCCUGCCAAAGUUUGGAGGUUAGCACUUUAAUACCAUUUCAAUAUGACCCUAAAUCGGUUAUAUUAAUUGGAGAUCCUAAACAACUCCCAGCUACAACUUUUUCAGAAAAAUCCAAAAAAAAUAAAUAUGAUAGAUCCUUUUUUGAAAGGAUGACAGAAUGUAAUGUUAAGCCUGUGCUAUUGAGUGAGCAAUAUAGAAUGAUGAAAGAAAUCAGUGACUUUACCAGCAAAACAUUUUACAAUAAUCAAAUAUGUACGGGAGAAAGUAUAGAUAAUCGUCCAAUACCAAAUUGGGUAUAUCCUGAAGGGCUAUUCUUUUUCAAUAUUAGCACAUCUAAAGAAAAUACUAAAAACGGCUCCAUGAGCUACUUCAAUGACCCUGAAGCACAAUUCGCGCUGAAUCUCUAUGGAGUGCUUAAAAAGAGAAUAGGUAGAAGUGAUGCUCAUAUUGGAAUAAUUUCUCCAUAUAAAGGACAAGUGGAUCACAUUGAAAAAUUAUUAUCCAAAAGAUAUGGAGAUUCUUGGAAAAAAAAUUGUGAAGUAAGUUCUGUGGAUGGUUUCCAAGGAAGAGAAGUAGAUGUCGUCAUUUUCAGUGCUGUUAGAUCUGGAAAAACAAUUGGAUUCCUCAAAGAUGAGAGGAGAAUGAAUGUAGCUAUCAGCAGAGCGAAGUAUGGAAUGUACGCCAUUGGAAAUGAAGCUUGCUUGUCAAGAAAUCCUAAAUGGAAAAGCCUUAUCAAAUACUGCAAAGAAAUGAGAAAAUGCGAGUCUUGCAACUCUUUUAAGCGUGUAGAGCAUAUCUUUAAUAAACAAUAA